CGCCCCCGUCUCUGUCUGUCUGUCGGCACUCUGCAACUCCCACCCCUCCGUAUUUAUUUCCCUGGCCCCCCGCCAGCCCCUCCAUCCAUCUGCGCUGGACCCGCGGGCCCCCUGGCAUGGAGACUAACCUGUCUGGCCUGGUGCCCGCGGCCGGGCUGGUCCCCGCGCUGCCGCCCGCCGUGACCCUGGGGCUGACCGCGGCCUACACCACCCUGUACGCGCUGCUCUUCUUCUCCGUCUAUGCCCAGCUCUGGCUGGUGCUCCUGUACGGGCACAAACGGCUCAGCUACCAGACCGUGUUCCUGGCGCUGUGUCUGCUCUGGGCCGCCCUGCGCACCACCCUCUUCUCCUUCUACUUCCGAGACACCCCUCGGGCCAACCGCCUGGGGCCCCUGCCCUUCUGGCUGCUCUACUGCUGCCCCGUCUGCCUGCAGUUCUUCACCUUGACCCUCAUGAACCUCUACUUUGCCCAGGUGGUGUUCAAGGCUAAGGCGAAACGUCGGCCAGAGAUGAGCCGGGGCUUGCUGGCCGUACGUGGGGCCUUCGUGGGGGCGUCUCUGCUCUUCCUGCUGGUGAACGUGCUCUGCGCGGUGCUGUCCCACCGGCGCCGGACGCAGCCCUGGGCCCUGCUGCUGGUGCGCGUGCUGGUGAGCGACUCCCUCUUUGUCCUCUGCGCGCUCUCGCUUGCCGCCUGCCUCUGCCUGGUCGCCCGGCGCGCCCCAUCCACCAGCAUCUAUCUGGAGGCCAAGGGGACCAGCGUGUGCCAGGCCGCAGCCAUGGGUGGGGCCAUGGUCCUGCUCUAUGCCAGCCGGGCCUGCUACAACCUGGCGGCCUUGGCCCUGGCCCCCAGGAGUCGGCUGGACGCUUUCGAUUACGACUGGUACAAUGUCUCUGAUCAGGCGGACCUGGUGAAUGACCUGGGCAACAAGGGCUACCUAGUGUUCGGCCUCAUUCUCUUUGUGUGGGAGCUGCUGCCCACCACGCUGUUGGUGGGCUUCUUCCGGGUGCACCGGCCCCCGCAAGAUCUGAGCACCAGCCGCACCCUCAGCAGGCAGGUGUCCGGCUCCCGAUCCUACUUCUUCGACCGCGCCAGCCACUGCGAGGACGAGGCCUGCUCCUGGGAGCACAGCCGGGGCGAGAGCACCAGCUUGUCGGGCAGCCUGGGCUCGGGCAGCUGGUACGGCACCGUGGGCCGGGAACCAGCCUGGUACGGGAGCAGCCAGACGCGGACCAGCCCCCUGCUCUUCUCCCAGGUGCUGGGACCCAGCAGCCACUACCACAGCCUCUACUCCACCCCCCAGACGUGAGCCCGUGCACUGUCUGUCCCCCCCAAAAAAACCCCAGCCUCCACCCCCCAGCCCCUGUGCCAAGUUCAGCUGCUGCUUCUUGUGCAGGACCCCUGGGGGGCCGUGGCUCCCCCCACCCCAACCUCCCAGCCCCCCACUGGCUCCUUGCGACUCCUGUUGUAGUGAGCUUGUGCGUCCCCUCGGCCCUUAGCGCUGUGGCCUGACCUGCGACACUGGCCGCCCCGCGCCAUCACUCAAUAAAGCGGCCGUCUGCUCACC